AUGACACCGCCAAACCCGCAGAAGCCCAGCCCUCCACAGAAAGAAUAUGCCUUCGUUACACCUCAUCAGCAUGGCGCCCGAAGCCAUGCCAUGCGCGAGCAUUGGAGGCAGCGUAGGCAUAAGAAGGAUCUCGCCAAGCGGCAACGAGAACACCGGCCUCAGCAUGUGUUGCUGCCAACACCUUCAACGAGCGAGGCGGCCGACUCACAGCCCUCAACCGAGACGACCGACACGGGCCCGGAGAGCACCGUUUUAGCUGGCGGAGGAAUGUUUGAUCCUGCCAUGUUUGAGACUGAUAUGGACUCGAUGAUGAACGGAGUGCCUGGUCAAGCAAUGUCUGGGAUGAAUCUCGCCCUGGGAUCAGCUCGAUUGGAUCCCUUUGAUCAGUUUCCAGUCCUGCUCACCACCCAACACCACAAGCUUCUCCAUCACUGGUUGAGCACAUAUGCGACAAUGAUGUUCGACGACGUGCACAGCCAGGCCUUCAACCCGAUGCGCGACGUCUGGUGUCCUCUCGACCUGUCCAACGCGGCAUCUUUCAACGCCAUCAUGGCUCAUUCAGCUGCCCACUUGGCUCGCAUGCAGGGUCUCCGCCAAUCAAAGGAGGCGCUCAAGUUUAAGGCUGAAGCGGUGCGGAUUGUCCAGGUCUGGAUGGAUGAUCCGCAACGCGCUCUAAGUGAUGAUGUGCUGGCCGCUGUCUUGCGCCUGCUGACUUAUGAGGUAUGGCAGAGAUUGAAGAUUUUCCAUUUGGGUACUGACGUAUUAUUUUAUAGAGAUAUUGGGGAACCGAGGCGGAGUGGCACGUCCAUUACAAUGGCCUCUCAAACUUGA